CAGACGAUAACAAAACGCAGAAGGGGACGGUGCGCUUCGAAACUUUUUGUCCCGCGCUCGUUGUGGUGUGUUUGUCGUGUACGCGUGCACUUUGUCGCUGUUGUCGUCGUCGUCGUCGUCGUCGUAGCGGCAGUAGCUGUACGGCGCCGUACCGUGACGCUCUCGGCGUUCGCCUCGUCCGGCGCCCGAAUGUCGGCCUGACCGCCGAUGGGACGCCGUCGCCAGAGGCGGCUAGACGGCGACUGCGACAAAGCCGCCGGAGCGCGCGGGACAGCUCGCGUCGCGCGGCGGCCAACGUUGUGAGGACUUGUUAACGCCAACAACGUGGACAAGCAAGAUGAGCUGUGCCGUUGCGAGGCUUCGUUUGUGGUGCUGCGCCAUUGUGCUCUGGAUGCAACUGGUAGCAGUCUGUGGUGAAAUCCACUGCUUCUGCACUAUGGCAGCAUGUGUUUCCACUGGCUACAUGUGCAAGUCGACGAAGGGCCUGUGCUUCUCGGACUACUUCGGCCACCCACCGGGGGAUCCUGCCCAGUCCCGUUAUGGGUGCCUGGACCUCCUGAGCUCUGCGAGCUCUUCUUCCUGCCAGGGCGACUCGACGGGUAAAAGGAUGCAGAGCACAUCUUCCAUUUUCCUGAGGACGCAGCAGCAGCAGAAAGAGGCUACCGUUGCACGAAGAAUAUGCUGCCAGGAGGACAUGUGCAACUUCCACCAGGACUAUGCCCACUUGUGGAGGGUCAACAGGACAGGUGCAGGAGGUCAGGCGUUUGGACGUGUCCUGCCAAGCGACUACAUCAUCGAAAGCGAUGAAUCCGCUCAAGAGCGCCUCAUCUGGUUCCGGGCAGCAGUCAUUGCAGUGCCCAUCGCUGGAGGCUGCAUACUCGUGCUCCUAGUCCUUCUGGCUGCACGCGUCUUGCGGAGAGACGCACGUCAGUUUCCUCGUGUUCCUCAGCCCGUGUUCGUAGAGACUGUACGGGGCGAUCCGCACGCCACAGGGCAUCACAUAUCCACUCGAUGUGUGUAUCACGACGGGUGUGCCAAGACUGUGAAUCCCUUGUGGUGUCCCUCGUGGUGGACUCGUUGGCAGGCCGAUCCUAAAGGUGUGGCGCUAGUCUAAAAUUUGCAGGACAUCCUGCGGUGUACGAGAUUCAGGAAGGACCGAUCUUUGAGAGUUUUGCACGAUGCGGCGAUGAAAUGCGCUGCUUGCGGAACUUGCGGUGUCAAGCUGAAACUAGAUGCUGCCUUCAUACUUCAGUUAGAGGAGCUGUCGGACGUCAUCGAGACUGCUACACACCAUCUCACAACUGGUCCCAACGUUUGCUCGGCUUCGGAAAGGGACACGAGACGAGUAUGGAGAUUGUCCCAACCCAACAGUCAUCAGGACAGUUCCUAACAUGGUGCAGACAGCAGAGGCAUGCAACGAUGUUGUUCCAAGAAUAACCAGGACAAGAAGCAGGGCUUAUACCUAGUGCUCAAGUGCCUGCAGUUGUCUAAAAAAAAUCAAUUUUUUUACAUUCGACAGUUUGCAAGAGAGGGGGACAAAAUGGUGACUACAAGUGGACGACACCAUAUGAAUCUGUAACGAGGGAACAUUAGCAAACUACCGCAUUUACGUCGAAAGCCCAGCAAUCAAAUGCCACCACUCCCUGCAAUCAUGCUCGGGGACGCAAGUCGGUCAAGCGUUCAGCACUCCAGUGUUGCCUUCUACAUGACCGAAGGUGUACUAGUCUCCGUUCGUAGCACAAGGAAUCUUGCCCUUUUGCCAAGCCCUUCCGUGGAAUGUAAAUACGUGCUGUGUCCAUUCUGAAAGAGCAGCAGCGAGAGAGUUCCUCCAUCAAAUUUGAUCUCAAACAUUUUGGCCCUAGACUUCUUUCUGCAAGAGUACCCAGCCUUAUGGUUCUCCUUCGAGCAUCUUUCUGCCCAACAGAUUGAUUUCUGUUGUUCUAAACGGGACAUGUAUUAUACUGCUUCCAUUGCUGCCACCAGUGCCACAUCUAGAAGCCAGUGAGCUGCUUCUGCAGUACAAGUUGAUGCACCAGUGCCAAAAAAAGUGCAACAAAAGCCUGCUGAAGUGCCAUUCCUAUGCCAGGGAGAAAGUACAUUUCUUCCUGAAUCGAAAGCCCUUCCCCCCCUCCUGUUCAUAGUCGAGUGUAGCCUUUUUCAACAACGAAAACUGCAUGUGCCAGUGCCCAUGGUGCACAGAAAUGGAUGCUUUCUUGACUGAAUUGCGUUGAAGGGAUCACUGAUGCUGCCAAAGAUAACAGAGAACUGGGCGAAGAUUGCGAGAGUCAGGUGAACAUACAGCAGAAUCGUACAAUAAGAACGGCACCCUGAUGUUACAUUCGGUCUGUAUUUGAAAACUGCUACAUGCUCUAAAUUCUGUUAAGCUACAUUCUAAAAAAAAAAACUGUUCCGAGAACUACUGUAAGAAGCCAUUUGUCGUCAAGGCGACAUUUUUCUCGUACCUUGGGCUUCGAGUAUAAUGUGGGUACUUCUCAUACUGCUGUCACACAGGCAUUUGAAUGGUCAUUGAAGGCAAUGGCUAUUGAACACUUCAAGCGCCACUGAUGCUGUCCCGCUGCUACACAGACCUAUGGGCAUGUUGCACUAAAGUUUUGCCCGGGGACCGCAGCACCAUCUAGUGGAGGGCGCCCUUACUUGACGGUUGUGUCAGACGUGCUCCCUGCCUUACCACUGUACCGAGAACGUAAUCUGUUUUGUGGGACCCCUUGUGGCACAUUCCGAGCUGCAGUGUAGGCGAUACGUGACGGUGUAUGGAUAAACAGCCGGCGACACGGCCGGAAAUGGUUAGCAGCGCCCCCAAGCGUCAUAAAACAGGUCCACACAUACGUUCUUUAGACGGCAACACGUUACGCACCGGAUGGUGCUACACACGUCGUCUGCAUUAGUUUUAGCAGACAAAAAGGUGUUUAUAGUGACAUAAAACGCACAGCAAAAAAAAAAAAGAAAAAGUAAUCUUAAUAGUGCUUGAAUUGUUCAUCGCACAUCACUACUAAUUUAUUAUGAAUUUUUGUUAAGACUGUACAUGGCAUCAACAUCAUGCUGGAGCAUGAUGUCAAAAGUAGAAUAGUAAUUUAUUGAAUGUCUGCGACAUGUAAUAACUGUUACACUGAAGUUUUGGGACUUCUCAUAGCACUCCUCGCAGGUUUACUGCGUGCAUUUAUUUAGUGAAUGUUUCAAUGGCAGUUUAGUUGAAUGGCAUUUCGCGAACCUUCCCCAAGCCGAGGACCAUCCCAGCCUAUGGUGAUUCAAACUGGGCACGUAGAAGUGUCCUAUCACCAUCAUCACUCAUUUCAAGGACCAUUGAAACGCCUGCGUGACAGCAGUAUGAGUUUGCUGUCACCGUACCUACAACACCUUACCGAUAAGCACUGUGCCCAUUGUCCGUGUCUGCUUGAACUUGCUUCGAUCAAAAUUCAUUUUAGCUGUCUCGCGAGCCAUGUUAGUGCUGAUGGAACCUGCUGUAAUGAAGAGGGUUGUAGCUGGCGGCAAAGUUGUAAACGGGAGCUCCGACGGACAUUUUGCGGUGAAGACAGCUUGAUCUGAGUGAUCUGUGAUAGUGCUCGUAUCUGAUCACCACAAAAACAUUGUACGUAACCAUGAACACACGUCUUGGUGCCAAGCCAUCUACAUGUGCCAACACGUGCUAAAAAAAAGCCUGUCGCCGUUUUUGCCACGUAGAGUGAUGACAAUCACACGUGGUGCAAGGAAAGCUCCUCGCUUCGUAGAAAUCUUCUAUUUUUGCCUACCACUAUUUAUUACGAGAGUACUAUAUGCAAAGAAAUAGUUAUAUAUGCGAAUAUACAUUGGGAGAGAACACUUUGUAGCCACACUGUUAAUUUUUCCACCGUGAAAUUGUCACCCACACUGUUAAUCCUGCUGCAGCGUUACACGACAGAGGUGGCAGAGCGGAAUCUUCUAUCUCCCAUCCGACGACACGCGGCAGGCAUUCUGCACAUGAACGCUUCCAGCCGGUUUUAUUUUCACCGUGUUUGAAUCCGAUACCCGAGAUGCACAUCUGGACCUCUAAUGUUUGAGCAGAUCCUUGAAUGGUACCAUAGAGCACAUUCUCAACAAGCAUUCCGUACCCUUUUGCCGUCCCACUACAAACGUUACCUCCACCCACUGAAGCAGACGACAUAUGUGUCGUUAUCCCGGGCAGCACAACAUCUUGGCCCAAUAUUGGCAAUGUCGGCCCAUUAUUGGAUCAAUAUUGCGCCAGUAUUGCCAAUAUUGUAACAAGAUGUUGUGUUGCUUGAGAUUAAUGUCUUUCUUGUGCCAGGUACAGCUGAUGCAGUUAUCAAAAGAUAAUACGGACCCAAAAUUACGUUUGGCUCAAACAUUAUGGCUCAUAAGUUUGCCCACCUCUGCGUGCAAUGCUCGUGCAGUUCAAAUGUACAAACCUUUCAUGUAAAUCGUAUCCCAAGGAUGCCAAGUUUUCCUGUCUAAUACGUAGUCUACAAAAACGGCAUCGUGCUUUGGGUCGUAUCAAAGGUAGACAAGUUAACUUCGUUCUACUGGCUGAGCAUCUGAAAACACUUGAAGGGACGGUCGCAUUGGAAAACCCAUGUAUGAAACCAGUACGGCUACGUUCGGCAUCGGCCGGCAAUCUACUCGGCUAAUUUUUUCGUCUGAAAGUGCUUAGAUAUGGAACAAACAAAUUUUAACGAUUGGUGCUUCUUUCCGCAGCUGCGGAGGCUCCGACGGCGCGACGUCACUCCCGAACCGGAGGAGUGAGAGGGUGACGCUCGGGGGAGAAAGGUGCCGUUCAGACGCCAGGUAAACGCCGGAUCCCAUAACACUCGACACGCUACAGAUUCUGUCGCUAGCAACAAAACUACAUUUGCGAUAGAAAUAUUUGUACUUUUGAAUUUAUUAUGCGUAGGGUUCUUCGUUUUCAGGUCUUGUGAUUUUUCAAAUUUGGGAGGGAAAAAUCGGGUGCUAUUUACAUACGAGAGUUUGGGGAUAAAUUGGGCGCUACGAUCUCUGUUUGAUAUGUCAUCGGGGAAUUUUCGGGUGAAACGAAAGGCAUAUGAGACAAGCCACUGCUGUGACACUGGAACGAGAAACAAGAAUCUUUAUAUUUCUGCUCGGAGCUGGGGCAGUGAACGACAGCGGCAUUCAAACACUUCCCCGAGCUCCACAAAAGCUCGUCUUUGACUCCUGCGGGAAGGGAUUAUAAAAGGAGGACAAAUAGCUUGUCACAAAUAGCUCACUUUUCUGAUGGUUUAUCUAGAACGACAAGUUGAAGGACCACAACGAUUUCGGGUAGAUAUCAGGUAUGACCCGAAUUCUUGAAAACUUGUUUAGGGGGGAACUAUCGUGAAAAGUCUGGUUUAACCCGAAAACGAAAAACCCUAAUGAUGCGGCAUACCUGUCUCAAAUGUCACGAAAUUUCGACUGAAACGCCACAGGAAAAUAAACAAAGAGAAAAACUUACGCUAACGUAAGUUUACGAUAUAUGUGUCUGUGGUGGCGCAGCAGUUCUAUCUGAUUGCACACAAUGUACAAUAGAUUUUGAUCACACGCGAUAACCAUCGAUUCAAACGGCUACUUUCCACCUGGAAGCUCGAAAUUUCGUUGUGUUGAUUUACCCACUGUUGCCCCCCACAUCUCAGUGCUUUAUCAUUCGCUCCAGCUACAUACCGCCAAAAUCUAGCGGAUUUGGGCACGCAACGGUCACUGGCGACAACUAUCUACGAGGAGUAGACGCAAGAUUUUGUAGCCGCAACAUAGCUAUUUUGACGCUAGAACCCGGGUGCCGCCGACACCAAAUUUGUCGCUUGUGGUGUGUUAUGGAAUUCGGUCUGCGGCAUUUCUGUUCUCAAGGCCUUGUUCCGAAUGGAGCUUUGGGAGCGACGUUUCCUCAUUUUUCCAGAGAGGGAACUGCGGUGUCUGCUCUUGCCACGUACCCCAUCGAAUAACAGUCAAAUCACGCCACUAUUCCACGUGAGGUCUUCGAUAUUGCUGUCAGUGGCCGACGAGGAAUAAAAUGACACCAUAGCUUUGAAAUCCACCAGAACGCGUGCGACCGUCCCUUUAAGGCAGACACUACAUUGGAGUGCUUUACAACGCAUCGACACUACUUGAGAGACCGAAGCCACACGUGGUAUUCACACUGUACUUAAAUUGCAUCUUUUUCCACCGUGCCAGGUGCUACGUGCAAACCGGUAAAACAUCUUAACAUCCUUUACAUUGCCAAAUAGAACUUCUCUAUAUUUAUGCUGUACAGUUUUAUACCUAAUACUGCUGAACAUAGAUGUAGUCACGCACAUAACUAGUGAAUGCCUGAGACCAACAUACAUUUUGCGAGCGCCAAAGUAUUUGACCACGCCACUGUGCCUCUUGCUGCAACAGCCCAGCGCAGAUAUAAUCCGAGCCUCCUGUAGUUAGUAAGGUCGAAGGUGUCCGAUGCCACACGAGGUGCCGCUGCUGCCUGAGCACUAUAAACAUUUUUCCGUCGAGGGAAGGGGGGGAAACAAGAACAAUCCGAACAAAAAGCAGCAGUGUCACGGAACCUUCGACCGUUUUGAUGCACCUUAGUAUUGCACACUACAUGCCUUUUGAGUGCCAGCCGCAGAAACAAUGAUGUACACCAGGGUGAACUUUGUAAGAAAAAGAGAUUUGUAUAAAUGUAUUAAAAUGUA